GCGGAACAGCCAAAACUAACCAAUCAGCUGAUUUGAUGACUACUUCACCGGAGUCACGAGUUGUUUUGGAGAACACCGGGCGUACUCGGUUCUCCUGGGAGACUUGCUCCCAUAUUAGUGUAUCCUGCCUGCCGCCCUCAUUGAGGAGUUUCUCGCCGCCCUCCCUGUCUCAGUAUGACCCUGGCUGUGUAACCCCCCCGUUACCAUGGAAACCCGGGGCAGCGAGCGGACCCCACUGCUGGGAGCUCGGUCCGAGAGCUCGGCCUUUGCUGGCCGCCGCCUGGCAUGCUUCGCCGUGCUGCUGUCCGAGCUGCUGGAGAGGGUGGCUUUCUACGGCAUCACCUCCAACCUGGUGCUCUUCCUCAAUGGGCCCAUGUACAACUGGGAGGGCACCCAGGCCAGCCAGGCCCUGCUGCUCUUCAUGGGCAUCUCCUACCUGGUGUCUCCGUUCGGGGGCUGGCUGGCAGACGCCCUGGCUGGCAGGUUCAGUACCAUCUUGGUCAGCAUGCUUAUCUACCUGGUCGGCAUGCUCACCUUCCCCAUGAUCACCUACCCGGCCACCCGAGACAGCUUCUGCGGAGACUUCCACCUGGAGGACAUCGCGAACUGCAGCACCCCUGCCAAUGCCAGCACGGCCAUGCCCUGCAGGGAGAGGAGAACCAUGUACUGUGCCCCGGUGCUCUUUGUAGGAUUGGUCAUCGUGGGGCUGGGUGUGGGCUCAGUCAAGGCAAACAUCACUCCCUUUGGAGCAGACCAGGUAUACACAUGGCUCUGAGAAUACUUCAUUUGUAUAAUAAUAUUUUAAAUAAAGGCACUCACCGAGCUCUAUAACCAUUGGUGGUAUUCUAUAGUGGUUAUGAUGACAGUAGUGCCCUGGCAACCCCCUAUAGUAAAUAGUCACAGUUUUAUUUUUAACUAUUUAUUACCUGGAUUUUAAGAGAUGCCUCCCCCUGCCUCCACUACUACCGACAGAGAACAGGGCCUGUCUGGCUGUGCUGAUCCUGGCUACCAACCUCUAUUGGUAGAAGUGGAGGUGGGAAACGGAGCCUAACGUACUCUGGGUAAGAGGUAAAAUUAUUCCAAAACAGUCUUCCUACUUAUUGUAAGGGGAUAAGGCACUCUAGACACCAUAAUUAUUAGAACACUCUGUAUUGGUUUAUGGGGCAUGAAGUGUUCCUUUUAAAAGGACACUAUAGGCACCCACCCAGACCACUUCAUCUCAUUGAUGUGGUCUGGGUGUCUAUAGUGUCCCUGUCCCAAGACAGCCACUAAAGGCACUUCCUGCAAACUGUGAAACCUCACUGGGCGUACAUCCAGCAUCAAGGGACACUAGUGUUUAGGAAUACAUUGUUGGAUAUUUUAAUGUACCUUUUUUUUUUUUUUAGAAACUAGUAGUGUAGGUAUAACUAUCUAUUUGGUGGUUUUUGUAUCACUUUUGUUAGUGGUUAAACUCAUCUGUGUCAGAAGUAGUAAAAAAAAAAAAAAAGUACUGAUGUAGUGGAAGUAAGAUUUUUGUUAUGAGGUUCCACGUCAUGCACAAGGCAUUAACUUGGUAACUUCAGUUUUAAUAUGAGCUGAAAUGUUUUGUGAAACCGUCAUGAGACUUCUUAUAGGACAUUUCAUUAAUCCCACAAAUUGUUAUAUUCUCUUAUUUUAUAUAAUCGGUAAUUGAAGUGUGAAUUCAGACUAAAAUAGGAAAGCUGUAACUGUAAAUGAGUAGCAGGUUUUGUCCAAAUCAAUUGUCUUGGCCUCAGUUUUGUAGUUUUUGUUUUUCAAUCCAAUAAUAAUUGUAUUUUUAGAAUAAAACUCAAACUGAAUUUCAAAUUGUAGACUAAAUUUGGGGGGGGGUGGGGGGAAAAGAUUUGAAAUUCAAUAUUUACUUAUUAGCCAAAUUAUGUAGUAGCAAUUUUGGAAAUCCAUCUCAUUAAAAAAAAAAAGUUUAUUUUGCGUAAAUAUUUGGAGCAUUAUGUGCCCUUUGUCCCUUUCCAAUUAAAAUAAACCCGGUCGUUGUUUUUAUUCUGGUUUAUGAGAAUUGAUCUCUUAACUUUCCAUGAGUGAGUUAUAGGAUAAAUACUUACUUAGGAUAAUUACCCCCUCCCACAUUUCCAGUCAAGACAAAGGAUGCUAGGAACUAACAUUAUGAUCUGGUGGCAACCAUGCCACUGAUUGAGUUACUUUAUAUACAACCUGGUUUUUGGAUUAUUGACCUGGGCUGUCUCUUGUCUGGACCAAGCACUUAUAGUUUGUCUCUGCUCUUGAAGGAACACCCCAGGCACUAAAAUAACUUCAUCUAUAUUAAGUUGUUAUGGAGCUCUGAGGGCCCUGGCUUACUCUUGCCUUCAGGUGUUAAACAGUUUUCAUAUGGUUUAACCCUGAAGUUGCCUAGGUGGCUUAUGGCUUCUGUUAGAUCAUUUACAGGAAGUGUGGAGUGCCAUAGGGCAGCUGUGCUGCUGAUUGGCUGAGAGCAGUCAUCUGAUGCUCUCAGCCAGUGACACCCCAUUCACCAAACUGGCUUGGAAUGAAAGAUACCUUUCUCAAGCCAGCUUUAUGAAUGGGGAGUCACAGAUUGGCUGAGAGCGUCAGCUGACUGGUCCCAACCAAUCAGCAGUGCACCUUACCAGGGGUGGACUGACAACUCACAGGGCCCUUGGUCAAUAGGAGACCAAGGGCCCCCCUCCUGGUGUAAGGUCUAGCUCUCACACAGAUAUUAUGUGUGCGCUACCUAGCAUCCAGAAUGGUUGUGUGAGAGCCACAGAGUCAUGACUCCUUCAACUGUAGGGCCCCCUCAAACAGGGCGAGAUCUAUUUUAAGGGGUUAAUCUAAUCAACAACAGCGUUUUAAUAAAACAUUGUCUUUGAAUGGAGUAACCCUUACUGGCAUGCCUUACAUCCCCAAUGAAAUAAAGCAAAUUUACCUCUGUGUUUGUUGGUGACCUCACAAACCGCGUCCCCCACAUGUUCAACCAUACAUGUUCAACCAUACAAGUAGCCUCCAAACACAUCUAUUUGUGUGGAUGCGUGUGUGGGAUGCUGCUUGUGAUGUUGUGUUCCAGUAUGUCAACGUGUUAAGUUUGAAUUAAUUGUUCGUCUUAAUUUACUUAUUGUACUGCGCUGCAGAAUAUGUUGGUGCUAUAUAAGAAAUUGUUUGUGCGUAUAAGGAGGCUGUAUGCAGUAUUGCAGUGAUGGGGAUGCCUCUUGUGGGGGGUGUGUGUGUGUGUGUGUGUGUGUGUAUAGAGAGGCUGCAAUUAUUGCAUGUGUGGGGAUGCUGCUUGUGGGUUUAUGUGCAUACAGUGAGGUUCCUUGUGUGUGUUGAUGUAGCUAUUUGCAGUGUUGUAUGUGAGUGGAGAGGGCUGGCUGUGUUGCAGAGUGGUGUGGUGGAUGAUGGGGGCAUAUAGGCUCAGAUGGAUUAAGGGGCUGUGGUGGGUGAAGGGGAAUAUGGACUGGGAUGGGUAUGAGGGGCACAGGUGGCUGGUAUGGGUGAAAGGGGGGUAUAGUAGCCUACAAAAAUGUUUACAUACCUGCUGUCUGUCAGGUGUCAGCAGAUUCUACAGAAGUGAAGGAACUUCCCCUCUCCUGGGCCCCGCCUCUUCCCCUCACACGGAGCUCCACACAUCCACGACAUGGAGGAGACCAGACAGGAGCAGCAGAAUCACUGCCGCUCUCACUCAGAAGGUGGGGGUGGAGGGGAGGUAGAGAGGGAAUACUAAGUGUGCGAAAGGUUGCAGGUUAGUGAUGUCCCGAACGGUUCACCGUGGACUCCAGUCAGCAGAAACAUUCCAGCCAAUCAGCAGCAGACCCUCCCUCCCAGACCCUCCCACCUCCUGGACAGUUCACUAAGAAUGCAGCUUCAAAAUGGAUGCUGUCCAGGAGGUGGGAGGGUCUGCGGCUGAUUGGCUGGAAUGUGUCUGCUGACCGGAGUUCGUGGCGAACCGUUGCAAACCGUUCGGGACAUCACUAUUGCAGGUGCAACCUAUCGCUGUAAUAUAUAGAAUUAUGGCUUUUUCUGGCUGGGGAGAUCUCUAAUCUGAUCUCCCCAGCCAGAGCAUGGCUGUGCAGCCGGCCAGGCCCCUGACUGCCUCGGUCCAUGAUCAAUCUGCCCGAGUGGUCAGUCUGCCCCUGGCCCUAUAGAAGUCAAAAGACGCCAGGGAGGGAGCUCAGAUCGGUGGUGGAGGUAACUUCGGGGUUAAACCGUUCAAAAACGGUUUAACCCCUCAAGGUAAAAGUGCUCCCGGGGCCUCGGCACCAUAACUUAAUUUAGAUGAAGUUGUUGUGGUGCCUUCUUGUGACUAAACUGUCCAUUUUAAAAGCACAUUUUUUCAUAAUUCCAUUGCUGCUUUCUUUUUAAAGUAAAUUAUUUUAUUCAUUCAAAAUAGUAAAAAAAGAAAAUACAAUAAGUUGCAGCAUAUAUAGGUUCCCUAUCUGGUAAAUCUUCAAGUUACAAGUUUUUAUGCUUAACUUGCACUUCUUCAAGGAAUUACUCAGCUAUCCGGGUAAAAGGAAAUAUUUGCAAGCAUUGGCUUUAUUAUAUAGUGCAAAAUCAAACAGUACAGCAGUACCGGUAGGUGGUUGGUUUUUUUUUUUCUGUUCAAUAUUAACAGAUGGCAACACAAACAAAGUGUUCCUGACUGCAUGACAUUUCUUAAUCUUCUAGUGAUGGUAAUAACUUCAAGUAAUUUCAACCCUCCAAAGUGGUUAUGCUGCUUUAAUUGACCCUUUAAGAACUGCAUUGUGUGUAUUACACGAUGAACAUCAGGGUGACUGAAGUGCAGUUGUUAGUCUUCACUGUCAUAGACUGUAUGGAGAUUUUUUUUUUAUUAGUUAAAUAUUAUGAAUGCCCACUUUCUAUUACUGCAAUUGCCUGUUUUUGUUUUUUAGACUGCAAUCUGGCUUUAAAAGUGUCAGGACAACCAUAGUACUUUAGUACUUACAUUCUGGGAGUUAGACAAUAGUGCAGUGUGGUAAUUUUGAGUAUUCUCUCACUCCAAACAAGAGAUUAAACAAAGAAAAGUCCUUGUUGCUUAGACAAUUUCUAAUAACUAAUUGAAUACCACUCUAAAGAAACACUAAAUACACCAAAUCACUUCAUUUCAUUAAAGUAUUCUGGUUGCAGUGGUCCUAUUGUUUUAAUCCUUCAAAGUAAUACUUAACUGCUUUUGUAGACAGCAAUGUCUAAAUUAAGGUUAAAUACAGCCUGGGCCGGACUGGGGAUACAAAGCAGCCCUGACAUUUUUUUUAUGCCAGCCCCAUAAGUCACUGCGCCAUAUAUUGUCGCGUGUAAUAUGUAAGGCUAUGUCUUGCCAUGACAGAUGAUUGAGUAAUAUGUAUAUGUGUGUGUGUGUGUGUGUGUAUGUAUAUGUCCUUUCAGAGUAAAACUUUUUAAUUAUACAGUAAGCAUACUCACAUGCAGACACAGACAAUCUCACUGACAUCUCAAUGACACACACAAGCUCAUUGAUACACAGCCUCAUAGAUAAAAAUCUCACUGAUAUACAUCAGCUUACUGACAUAAAAACACAAGCUCACUCACUAGCAGGCACACACAUGCAAGCUCACUCACUAGCAGACGCGCGCACACACAGCUUAAUGUAGUGGUACUGGUGUCUAUAGCAUGUCCCUACAGGCUUUUCAGAGAAAAGGCAGUGUUUACAUUGCUUCAAAGUGACACCGCUAGUGACAGUCACUAGAGGUGCUUCCUGUGUCAGUGCUCCUACAUUCAGGGCCUCCACACUCUGUAGGUGCUGAACGUUCCCCAUAGAGAUACAUUGAUUCGGUGCAUCUCUAUGAGGAGAUGCUGAUUGGUGUAGCGUUUUGCAGCCAAUCCUAUGGCAAAGCAUUGGAUUGGCUGAGAUCCUCAAGCUUGAAGAUCUCAGCCAUAGAGGCAGGGCCACUCGAGGGGAGACUAGCACGAUGCGUGGGGGAAAAAAAAGGUGAGCAAAAACACUAUUUUUAAACACACACACACACACACACACACACACACACACCACCCCCCCCCCCAUCAUCACGCUGGGGAGCAGAGACAGCGCAGCUCCCCCAGCAGCUGCCAGCAGACCCAGGUGUCUGCCUGACCCCAGGUGCCGACUGCCCACCAGGAAAUUUCCCGGUGAGCCAGUCCGGCCCUGAAUACAGCGCUAGAUUUUGCCUGUUGAAAGGGACACUAUAGUCACCAGAGCAACUUAUUGCAUUUGUUCUGCUGAUUAGAAUCAUUCCCUUCAGGCUUUUUUGCUGCAAACACUGUCUUUUCAGAGAAAAUGCAGUGUUUAUAUUACAGCCUAGUGAGAACUCAAAUGGCCACUCCUUAGAUGGCUGUUAGAGGUGCUUCCUUAAGCAGUCCUGACUAAUGUGCAGCACUACCAUUCAGUGUCUCCCCCCUCUGCAUGCAGACACUGAAUUUUCCAGAUGCUGAUUGGCCAGGGCCGUAUUUGUCUUGUGCUGGCCCUGUCAUUGAUCUGCCUCCUUCAGUCUUGGCCAAUCCUAUGGGGAAGCAUUGUGAUUGUCUCAGACCACCACUUCUGCUGUCAGCAGACAGGGACAGAGGUAGCAGCUGCAGACUUGAAUACAAGUGUGUUUUUUUUUUUAUUUUAUUUUUUUUACUAUAUUUAAGGGGACCAGAUGGCGGUUUUAACCCUAUAGGGUCAGAAAUAUUAGGUAUCGACCGAUAUGAAUUUUUUUAGAGCCGAUAAUCUGUGAACUUUCAGGCCGAUAGCCGAUAACUUGCCGAUAUUCUGUACAUUUACCAUUUUGAAAAAAUAAACUAAUUUGAAAGGUAAAUGCGCAAAAUAUACAUGCCACAUGUAGUGGAUGAUGUGUGUUUAGACAGGGGAGCUGUGUGUGUUUGUGUAGUGUGUGUUUGUGUAGUGGAUGCAGAGUGUGUGUGUUUGUGUAGUGUGUGUGUGUAUAUAUAAUGAAUGCAGAGUGCUUUUGUUUGUGUAGUGUGUGUGUGUAUAGUGAAUGUAGUGUGUGUUUGUGUAGUUAUGUAAUUUGUGUAAAAUGGGGGGGCAUUUUUUUAAUUUUAUUUAUUUUUUAAAAAUAUUUAAAAGAAAUUUUUGUUUGUUUGUUUAGUUCCCCCUUCCCUGCUUCUUACCAGGGAGGGAGGAUAUAGUAUUCCCUGGUGGUCCGGUGGGGGGCCAGCAGCAAGCGCUGACUAACCUUGCCAGCCUCUCCUCCAGCUCCUCUGUGUAAAUCUUGCGGCUCUUAGUGCCCCGCGGAGCAUUGCCAUGGUAACCCGUGGCACGCUUUGCGGCCGCGGGUCUCGCAAGAUUUACACAGGGAGCUGCUGGCAAGGGAAGUCAGCGCUUGCUGCUGGCCCCCCACUGGACCGCCGGGCUUGUAAUGGGCCCAGCGGUCCUGGUAUGUGUUAUUGGCAAUAUCGGUAUCUCUAUUGGCCGAUUACCGAUAUUGCCGAAAAUACCAAAUAUCGGCCGAUAAUAUCGGUAAAACCGAUAAUCAGUCUAUCCCUAACGAAAAUGUUUGUGUUCCUGACCCUAUAGUGCUCUUUUAAUCAAAUUCUGCUCAUUGCAGCAUUUGAUUGAAUGAGUGCCCUGUUUUUCCAUGUGUAUGUAUCUCUUCCACAGUGCUUCUCUAUGAGAAACAUUGCAUUGGAUAAGAUUGUGGAAGAGUGAGCAGACAUGCGUGGAGGUGGAGCAGAUCUCACAGCUGGAAACUAGGUACAGUGAGGGAAAAAAAGUAUUUGAUCUCCUGCUGAUUUUGAACAUUUGCCCACUGACAAAGAAAUGAUCAGUCUAUAAUUUUAAUGGUAGGUGUAUUUUAACAGUGAGAGAGACAAAUUAGCAAAACAAUCCAGAAAAACGCAUGUCAAUGAGUGAAAUAAAUAUUUGAUCCCCUAUCAAUCAGCACGAUUUCUGGCUCCCAGGUGUCUUUUAAUACAGGUAACGAGCUGAGAUUAGGAGCACUCUCUUAAACAUAGAGGUGGAAACAUUAUGGGUGUUUUCUGCUUAGGGGACAGAACAACUGCACCGCAUCAAAGGGAAGAUGGAUGGGGGCCAUGUACCGACAAAUCUUGGGUGAGAACCUCCUUCCCUCAGCCAGGGAAUUGAAAAUGGGUCGUGGAUGGGUGUUACUGCAUAAAAGUGACCCAAAACACAGCCAAGGCAACAAAGAAGUGGAUCAAGAAGAAGCACAUUAAGGUCCUGGUGUGGCCUAGCCAGUCUCCAGACCUUAAUCCCAUAGAAAAUCUGUGGAGAAAGCUGAAGGUUCGCGUUGCGAAACGUCCGCCUCGAAACAUUAAUGACUUUGAGAAGAUCUGCAAAGAGGAGUGGGACAAAAUUCCCCCCCACCCCCCACCCCCCUGAGGUGUGUGCAAACCUGGUGGCUAACUAUAAGAAACAUCUGACCUCUUUGCCAGCAAGGGUUUUGCCACCAAGUACUAAGUCGAAGGGGUCAAAUAAUUAUUUCACUCCUUGACAUGCAACAAAAAAAUUUGUUGUUGUUCUGUCUCACUAUUAAAAUACACCUACCAUUAAAAUUAUAGACUGGUCAUUUCUUUCUCAGUGGGCAAACGUUUAAAAUCAGCAGGGGGAUUAAAUACUUUUUUUUUUUUUCCUCACUUUAAGUAAUGGUACCUCUUCAUAUCUGGAAUGUCCCUUUAAGACCAAUUAUUUUUUAUUUUUUUUGUUUACCAAAGAAUCUACUAUGUUGCAUUUGUUUUGCCUAGAAGAUAGUUAUCAGAAUGUGAUUUUAAAAACAUCAGCAAUGAGAGAGUCAAAACAAUAUAAUUAAGUAGAGAAAUAUAACAGUCUCUAAAGUGAUGGGGGAAGGUUUCACUUCCUUUUCUUCUACUGAAUACAUCUAGUGUAUGUGUGUAUUUAUACACAAUUAUAAUUAAAGAUACAUGCCAGGAUGAGGCUGACUAUAAUGAAGUCUGUUUUAUAAUGUAAAUUGUAAGAGUUGCAACUUUUGCAGUGAUUACAAGGUAAACGUUUGUAGUCUCCUAUAAAUCCUUACUAAACCAGUGAUAAUUAUUCAUAUAGAUUUUUGCAACCGUCUGGACACUGGCUGCACCACUUAAAGGAAUAUUAGAGUUAUGAAUACAAAACAGUAUAGUGUUCCUCGCUUUCCUGAGUGUUGAGAGUUAUAACCCCUUUUAACACUUAUCUUAAGUGACACUCCAGACCCUAAAGCACUUUAGCUUGCUGAAAAGCUUUAUCUGUGAAGUCUUUAUUUUUUGCAAAAAGUGCAGAUUUCAAUAAAAUCUGUCACUUUUUAAAAAAAAACUAAUCUGGAUACACACCCUGGGCUUUUAAGCAGACAUGUACUGUUACUUCCUUGUUUGAUUAGCUCAGUGGAGCUAAACACAAGAGGCAGCAAUGUCACCUACUUUUCAAAGACUUCUUAAAAGCUGCAUUGGGAAGUCUGAUUGGACAGUCACAAAAAAUGUCUGUGUGUGUGGUUUAGCAGAAAUUGUUUAUUUUUUCAAAAUGUUAAAUGCACAGAAUAUCGGCAAGCUAUCGGCCUGAAAGUUAACAGAUUAUCGGUAUAGGCUCUAAAAAAUCAAUUUCGGUCGAUCCCUAAUAGAAUUUAAUCAAGUUCAAAUUAUUAAACACAAUCUGCAGAAAGAGAAGCUAAAGAAAACCUAGGCUCAUUAAGGGAGUAUGUAAAGAGUUGCGUAAACAAAGUGAUUUAACUCCUAAAUGGCUGUGAAUUGAGCAGUGAUAUUGAAGGGACAUGAUAUAUACACCAAAUCCACGUCAUUAGGCUAAAAUUGUUCUUGUGCACAGUGUCUCUUUAAAUACACAUUACUGGAUUUAUUUUAUCCUGUGAAGCAGGAUAGAAAAAAAGGGACAGAGGAACUUGUCCCCAAAAUGGGGACUUUCCCUCCUAAAUAUUGUAUUGUUUUGCCAACAUUUACCCAGCUGCAAUUAUACACAAUUUCCAUAUCUGUCACUUGAAAGUAGACUUCUAUGUAAAGAAACUGUAUAUAUCAUAGCAUUUUUCCUUUUAUAAUGCGCAAACUCACAACCUUUUAAUACCACUGAUGCGUGUUACUCACCAUAUGGGGAAUACCAGAGAAUCCUCUCUAGAAGGGUGAGUACAUCACAUUAAAUAUCCUUGUGCUGCACAAGGUUAACUCAAGACAUUCUGUAUAUAAUAGAAUGGUGCAGAAUCACUCUACAUAUCCAUAGCUCAGAGUGUGUGUAGCCAUAGUGCAACAACUUUACUAAUAACGUAACUGCAUGUGCCUGAAAAGUCCUUAAAUUAAAUUAUAAUAAUCUGUUUUAUCUCUUUGAACAGGUGGUUUGUUUUUUGUUUUUUUGUUUUUUAUCUUCAUGUAAGGUUAACCUCAGAAUUGUUAGGGAGUUAGUCUGGUAAGAAUAACAUGUAAUAUUUACAUUGUAUUUUUAUCUGUUAGAACAAACACCUAAAGCAUUCCUGUGCAACAAUGUCCUCCCCUUAAAUGAGAACUGUCAUUUGCCUGGAAAUUUCAGCAUUGAAUGAAACCAUGAAAAUCACCUAGAACCUUUUUUUCAUGCUCUUUCUUAAAUGUAUAUUAAAAAGUUUGGCAAAUUUAAAGGGACACUCCAGGCACCCAGACCACUUCUGCCCAUUGGAGUGGUCUGGGUGCCAACUCCCACUACCCUUAACCCUGUAACUGUAAAUAUUGCAGUUUUUGUAAACUGCAAUAAUUACCUUGCAGGGUUAACUCCUCCUAAAGUGGCUGUCUCCUAGACAGCCAUUAGAGGGCACUUCCUGGUUUAUAGCACAGAUUUUCUGUGCUAUAGCGUCGCUAGACGUCCUCACGCUAUGUGAGGACCUCCAGCGUCGCUGAAAUCCCCAUAGGAAAGCAUCUUUCAAUGCCUUCCUAUGGGGAGGUCUAAUGCGCGUGUGCGGCAUUGCCGCGCAUGCGCAAUAGGUCUCCCCCCCCCGCUGGAUGACGUCGGCGGGGGAGGAGCAUGGGCGGACCCUGAACCAGCGCCGAGGGUCACUGAAGGAGUUUUAACCCCUUCAACAACUUGGGGUGGGAGGGAGAAGGGACCUGCAGUGCCAGGAAAACAAUCUGGAGUGUCCCUUUAAAUCACAAACCAGUUCACUUCAGGCAUAGCCAUGGCACAUUUUAGGAGAACCUUGUCCCUGUUUCUCCACCCGUACAUACUAUGUUCAGUGACCAUGAAGGUAAGGGUUUAUAACAAUGACCGGAUUUAUGAAGAAGGCAUUCUGUUUUAGGAUAAAUGUUUAGAUUUCUACUAUGAAACUUUUAUUUUUCAAACUUGACAAAUACCUUUUUUGUUAAAUAUGGGUGCCCGAAAAAAAACAUACUACUACAAAUCAUUGGAAAUAACAGUUCCUCUGUGAUGGAAGCUGACAUACCACUGACUUUUAGAGAGGCUUGAAGGCCAACCUCUUACCUAUGGACUUUGGGCCACAGACGCUUACAAACUUCCUAGCUGGACUUGAGGACAUAAGACUCGGUUUUUACACAUCAAGUGGCUGACCGGGAGAUACUCUGGAACUGUUCCUCUUGUUGUAACUGUGCCAAAGUCCAAUCAAUCUUUAAGUGCGUAUCGCUCUGUCCGCUGUCCUCCAAAUAGAGCGCUAUUUGCAUGGUAUGUCAGGGAAGGAUACCUGGGGCUUGAGAAUACUCCACUUCCGAGAGGUCCGUGAAACCCUUUUUAAAGACUGAAGUCAACGCACUCCUUGAACCGCCUACUGGAUUGGAGAAUAGCUGCAACCCAGUAAAACGUUAACAUGUUGUAACACAAUUGCAGUUCAAAACAAGCUUUCCAGGAUGUAGGAGUAUGGUCCAGGAAAAAGUGUUUCUGAUGGAAAUUUUGUGUGCUGUGUUUCUAGGACUGUAAGGGCACAGCAGGGAAUCAAAUUGUUUUAGCUAGGAAUAAUGUAAUUAGGUCCCCAGAGGGCACUCUGGGGAGGUACAUUUGCACUGCACACUGCAUUGUGUGGAUAACCACCACCACCACCCGCACGCAGGAAGAGUCAACAUUGCUGUGUUCUGUGCAAUAAAAGAUCAUUCUACCCACUACGUUCAGACUCGUUUCGUGUGUGUUGGAAAGGCUGUAGCAAAACUAAAGUUUCUGCUUAAGAGAGUAGGUCUCCUGAGCUAUAAUAACUGUAGCCUGGUCCUGUGGAAGUGGUCCUCAAAGACCACAGUCAAGCUUCAGCAACUGGGUCUGAAGUGCUCCAGAGUCACUGAUGGCAGCUAGGAAGCUGACCUGGCGAAGUACGCAGUUUGAGUACAAGCUCUGUCACUUCCCCCUUUAACCCACUAAACACUAUAAGGGCACCUUGGCUCCACAGAGAUGGGACAAGGCAAUAAGUAUUUGCCUUUCUGACAAUCGAGGGAGUAACGCUUAUAGACUGCCUACUGUUGUCUAUAAGGGGAACAGGAGGUUCCUAGGUGCCAUAAUUGCAGAAACUGCUUGAGUUUCUUUUGCUCUUUUAUGUGCCCUCUUGACUAACAGUGCUAUGAAAAUAUUGCAUGCUAUAACUUCUUACCCUGCGAGUCUGUUGCAUGGAAGAGCAAGAGGACCUCAGAAGCUGUAGCACUCUGAUACAGCCUCAUACUCUACUAACACUAGGAAACAAUGUAGCAACUUUUUUUUUUUUUUUUUUUAUUCUCUUUCUUCCCUCACUGCUGACACAGGUGUGCAGCAUGCGGAAGAAUUUAAACAAUUUUAAGUGCGAGCGUAUUUACGUAUGUGUAAGUGUCAUGCUUCUGUGUCUAAUUAGGAUUGUGUACUGUAGAAUUGUUUUAGGUGUGUGUGUGUGUGUAACCUCUCUUUGACUUCUAUUAAAUUCAUUACAUCUCUAGAAGUUAAUGACAUUGGUACAUUUCUGGAAAUCAAAAGGUUAAUGGAGAAUUUUGUCAGAGUUCUUAAUUUUGACCCUGGCACCUACUUUCAAGGGAAACUUUUCAUGCCCUAUAUUCAUAUAUUGGAAGUUUACACAUCUUUGGGGUUGACAGAUGGUAGUUUUUUUUACACAUACACCAUAACUCACGGUUGCUUGUAGGAUGUCUGUAAGGCUGCAUUGACCAUUAAUACAAAUUGUUACUUUUUAAUAUUGGUUGUUAUGUGAAUGUGUCUCUAGUCUAGGAGCCGGUCGUUGUAUUUUUUUUUUUUUUUUUGUGUGUUUUUUUUCCAUAUAAACUGCUAAAUCUGUACAUUUUAAAUUCAGCACUGGGGACGCACCAUAUUUUUUUUAUAUUUGUUACUUUAAUUGUGAGAAGGAAAACUUCACAACAGGGAUUUAAUUUUUAAUAUAUAGUUGUGUUCAGCACUGCCACGACUAAGUAUUUUUAUUUCAGUAAAGGCAUAGCACAUGAUGCUGACUUAAGUCUCAUGAAGGAUGAAUUUCAGUCACAAGACGAUGUUGUCAUUUGUCUGUUCUGAAACACUGUUGUUCAAGAGACUUUUGAAUACUUUUCCGAAUUUUCCAAAACAUGAACCACCAUUCCUCCCUCCUCUUACACCUAUGCCAGUCUAUUAACAAUCCCGCCUCAUACAAUAUAUAAUUUCUUAUCAUAAGUGCAUAUAUUCUUAUUUACACCACCUCUUACCUUUGCUUGUGUUUGUAUUGUACACACAUUUUGUGUGUAUCAUAUAUAAACUUCUACCCCAGGGUGCCCAAAAGGUAAACUACAACUCCCUUGAUGUUUCGCAUGCUUUUAGAAUGCCAAAACCUAAUCGAAGCUGUAGUUUUUAAAACAUCUGGGGAUCUACCCUUUUCUCACACCUGAUACCCUAUCAGACUUCCUCCUAGCCUCCGAUCAAGAAAUCUGCCAUGUACUUAUGUCCCCUACUCUUUUCUCCUUCUGUUUCUUCUAUACAUUUCCUAUAGAUCAUGAACUCGCUUAAGAAGACCUUACUUCUUUGUGUGUUGCUUUCUUUCUCUUUUUUGAUUUUGUGGAAAAUGUGUAUUAUUAUUAUUAUUAUUAUUAUUAUUAUUAAUUUUUUUUUUUUUUUUUUAUUUUUUUUUUAUUGCUCUUAAGUAGUAUAGAUUCAAUGUGUGUAUAAUUUUACUUUUUGUUUGUUUAUUUUUGUUUUCUUUUGCUUCUUUAACAAUUACAUUUUAUUUUUUACUUUAAGGUAAAAGAUCGUGGACCAGAGGCAACGCGUAGAUUUUUCAACUGGUUCUAUUGGAGCAUUAACUUGGGAGCAAUUAUCUCACUUGGUGGAAUUGCCUAUGUUCAGCAAAAUGUUGGAUUCCUUAUAGGAUACAUCAUUCCUGCAACUUGCAUUGGUGUUUCAUUUUUGGUGUUUUUGUGUGCACAAUCAUUCUUUGUUACUAAGCCUGCUGAUGGCAGUGCCUUCACGGACAUGUUCAAAAUUCUUGCGUAUUCCUGCUGUUCCAGGAAGCGGUCUACAAGCAACCAAACAAGCAUGUAUGUAUCACUACUCCUUUUUUUUUUUCUGUAGGCUCUGUUCAUUAAUUUGGCUGAUUUAAAACUGAAUUCGCCUGCAUCCUGUUGUUAAAAUCUUACUAUGGUAUGGUACACUGUAUUCACAAACAACUGAAUGCUUACCAAAUUCAGGUAAAUUGAUCUUUAUUUUCAGAUUGAACUCAUUGCUCUAGUGAAAUCCAUUUCUAAAUGGCUCAACUGAAUUGUAGAUUGUAUCUGAAUUUUCCUGACACAAAUUGCUAAUGUAAUCCUUAUAAGAUUAACUCCUUAAGGACCAAACAUCUGGAAUAAAAGGGAAUCAUGACAUGUCACACAUGUCAUUUGUCGUUAAGGGGGUAUUUAUUUCUUUAGAGGUACUUGGAUUUUUUUUAGAUGCAUUUUCCCUAGUCUUUGUCAGGGGAUUGAAACAAACAGUAGUCACAUCACCCAUGUUAGUUUGGUUGAUUUCAACAACCAACCAAAUAAAUUGGCAAAUUUGGUUAAACAUGUUCCUUUUGUGUGAAUAGCUGGGUAAAAAAACAGCCAAAUUGUGACAAUCACAUACUUGUUUGCUUUUUAGUUCCUAUUCAGUGUUUAAGUAGACCAUUGUGAUAUUGUGGAUAAUUACAAGGAAUUGCAUUUUUUUUGCGUUUUUUUUUCCAGCUUGUCUAUUUUGGCUUACAGUUGGUGAAUAAUUUAAUCUAUUGCAAUCUGCACCGUGCAACAAUUUUCACUCUCCAUGUAAUUGCCACAAGCAUAUAAUGAGGACAUGUUAAUACUAAUUAAAGGGACACAAAAGGCACCAAAACAACUAAAGCUUAAUGAAGUGGUCUUGGUGUAUAGAUCAUGCCUCUGCAGUCUAUGCUGAUUUCUCUUCCACUGUGUAUUUGUAGCUCUAGGUACAACUCCUUGCAUAUGACUUACAUAGUUGUUCUAAACAUUUCCUUUUUUUUGCAAAUUCUGUUGAAUGUAAGUUCUAAAUGUCAGAGGAUCGAGCAGUGUGACUGCAGGGACAUGAUCUGUACUCUACAACGGCUUUAUUAAAGGGACACUAGUCACAAAAACAACUUUUAGCUUAAUAAGGCAGGUUUUGUGUAUAGAGUUACAGCACUCUCUUUAUACAACAAUAGUCCCACCUCCCCAGACUGUAACUGACACAAUGAAAACAAUUUCAUUUUUAAUCAGAUGUAAGUUGAUUUAAAAGUUUUUAUCUCCUGCUCUGUAAAUUAAACUUUAAUUACGUACACGAGAAGAAUUCCAAAAUUAAACAGGUUUUGCAAUAAAGGAAGUGUAAACAUGAGAUGGUUCUUUACAUGAAGUGUUUAGGUAGGCUGUGUAAGUCACAUACAGAGAGUGUCUAGGGCUGCAUAAACAAAGUGAUUUAACUCCUAAAUGGCAGAUAUAUGGGCACAAUCUAUACACCAAAACUGCUUUGUUAAUCUAAUGUUGCUUUGGUGUUUAGCUUAUCCCUUUAACUCUUUAAAUAUUCUGCAUAUAUGUGGAGUAAUUAGUUUAUAAGGGAUGUUCGAUUUAAUAUACAGACAACCAGUUACCGUGCACUUGGAUGAAGAUGCAGCCGACAUCCUCAUACCACAUUUGAUAUGUUACUGGUGUCAACUGGCAGCAGGCGAAUUUUAACAAAAUCUGGAAACCAUGAUGCCCUUAAGAUUUCUGUAGGGACUGGUGAUUGCUUGUGGUAAUAUAUAGCUUCUUUCUAGUAAGUAGUGCAUAAUAAACUAGAAGACUGCGUACGGAAUUACAAACAGUUGUAUGACAGCAUUUUUAAGAUGGGUGUAUUUAUCCCUAAACAAAAUAUAUGCUGUCCUAAUUUCUAUCUUUGUUCCUUUAAAAAUGGUUUUGACAUUUUGUUUCGACAUAUUUUCUUAUUCCAUAUUCAACCUUGUACCUGUUCUGGUACACACUACUUUAGGAAAAAUAAACAUCAAUCAUCUGUGCCAGCAAAUAAAUUCAUUUAUAGAAAAUGCCAUAAAAGAUUUGGCUCAUCCUCUCUCCUGUCAGUCAUUUCUCAGCAUAGGAUGAUUGACAUGUGUGUAGUCCUAAAACCAGAUGAGUUGAUCCUUUGCUGGAGAUGUUUCAUCUCACUAGGAUCCAUGCUGCACGUUUGCUGGUCAUGUCCUUUAAUUGCCCACUAUUGGAGAGCCAUUGUGUCCAUCUUAAGACCAUAAGCAGGAGACAAGUACCUUUUUGAAACAAAAAAAGAAAUAGCACUCUAGGCAAGUACAAAAAAACCCCUAGUUGAACACUAACAGCAGCUUGUCCCACUCCUUUCGGUGUCUGUAGUGUGAGCCUGAUGUGGAUAACGAAUCAAGGAAAAUACUCUCCCAGACAAUUGUUUGCUUCUAUGACUCAGAAGUUGGAUAAGAAUGUAGCUAUCUGAUCUCCUUGGAUCACAUACAUUUAUGAGCGCCCACAUGAAUGGGUGCAAAUGGUUUGACUUUUUAUUUGACCUUCUGGUUACUGUUGGCAUGUGGUCAUGGUGCCAAGGCUCAGAGCAAGUACAAAGAGUUUUCAUCCGCAUCCAGGGCCGGACUGGGGAUACAAAGCAGCCCUGGAAAAAAAAUUUGUGCCAGCCCCAUAAGUCACUGCGCCAUAUAUUGUCGUGUGUAAUAUGUAAGGCUAUGUCUUGCCAGGACAGAUGAUUGAGUUAUUUUUAUAUAUAUAUAUAUAUAUAUAUAUAUAUCUUUUUCUAAUAUAAAAUAUUGGUCCUUUCAGGGUAAAACGUUUAAUUAUACAGUAAGCAUACGCACAUGCAGACACAGGCAAUUUCACUGACAUUUCAGUGACACACACAAACUCAUUGAUACACAGCCUCAUAGACAAACAAUCUUACUGAUAUACAUCAGCUCAUUGACAUAAAAACACAAGCUCACUCACUAGCAGGCACACGCAUGCAAGCAAGCUCACUCACUAGCAGACGCACACACAGCUUAAUGUGGUGGUACUGGUGUCAUAGCAUGUCCCUACAGGCUUUUCAACGUAAACACUGACUUUUCAGACAAAAGGCAGUGUUUACAUUGAUUUAAAGUGACACUGCUAGUGACAGUCACUCAGACGGUCACUAGAGGUGCUUCCUGUGUUAGUGCCCUCCCGCCCUCGCGCGCUGCUGAAUGAGACUGGCGCCGGAAUAUGGCGUCAUAUUCCGGCGCCGGUCUCAUUCAGCUGCGUGCUGGGGAGCAGAGCCAGCGCAGCUCGCGCAGCUCCCUCAGCGGCCGCCAGGACAAGUCCGCCAGCGGCCGCCAAAAGACCUCCCCAGCGGCCAGGGGGGCAAAACCAGUCAAGUAGACUGGUGCACCUGCCCAGGAUCAGAGCCGGUGCAAGGAUUUUUGCCGCCCUAGACAAAAUAAAAAUUUGCUGCCCCCACAUGUCACAUCACAAUACCCCACCCAUAUGAUCUGCCAUAUGAACUAACGCCAGUGCUGCACACAGUGUGUGUUUACAUUAAAAAGCCUGCAGGGACCAGCUAUAGACACCAGAACCACUUCAUUAAGCUAUAGUGUCCCUUUAAUGUGAGGUAAAUGAUAGAUUAGUGUCACUAACAAUAUACUAGAUUGCCUACUUACAAGCAGAUGAGGAUGAUGAUGGGCUGCAGUUUGGCUCCACUGGUCUGGAGUAGAACAGGAUCUCUGGAGGCUGUUUGCAACUGUGGUCACAAAAUUCAGUGUUCUGGGAGAAUUGGAAGCAGCUCAAUUUUUUGGGGGCCCCUUACACAGCUCAAGGUCUGGGUCCCAGGGCCUGACGGUGAGUAUGCCCAAAGGGCCACUCAUAAGUUCCACCCACCCAUGAGUUCGCUCACAGGGAGUGGAGUGUGUAGGGGAUGUGUUAUAUGUUAUUGUAGAGGAUCUAAUAUGUGUGCUUAUGGUAUGUAGUGUUUAGGGUUACCAGUUUGUGCAGGUGAUGCAGUGUGUUUGUGUGGAGUGGAAGCAGUGUGUAUUUGUGUAUAAGGGAUGUAUUAUGUGUUUCUGUUUGUGUGUAAGGGAUGCAUUGUGUGAAUCUGUGUUUGUAUGCAUAAGGGAUGCAAGGUGUGUGUCUGUAUGUGUGUGCAUGAGAUGCAUUGUGUUUCUGUGUGUAUGUAAGAAAAGUGUGUGUGUUUGCAUGCGUGUGUACGGGUUUGCAUUGUCUGUUUCUGUGUAUGUGUGCAAAGGAUGCAUUGUCUUUGUGUGUAAGGGUUGCAUUGUGUGUUUCUCUGUGUGUAAGGGAAGCAUGUUGUGUUUCUGUGUAUGUAUAGGGAUGCAUUGUGUGUGUGUGUGCGCGCGUAGUGUGAAAGAGCUCCCUGUCUUGGCCCCUGUCCUACAGAGCUGCCCCUUCUUCUUAUUCCCCUCCCUCCCCUCUUCUUAUUCCCCCCCUCUUUUUAUUCCCCCCCUAUCUUAUUCCCCCCCUCCCCUCUUCUUAUUCCCCUCCCUCCCCUCUUCUUAUUCCCCUCCCUCUUCUUAUUCCCCCCUCCUCCCUCUUCAGCAUUUCCCCUCCCUCCCCUCUGCCCACAUUCCCCUCCUCCCCUCUUCUUAUUCCCCCUCUUUAUCCCCCCCUCCCUCUCUUCUUACCCCCUCCUCCUCUUUUCUCCCACCCCCCUCCUCCCUCUUUCUUGCCCCCCCCCACUCCCGCCUCUUCACCCCCCUCCCUGUAAGCGUGGCCGAGGCUGCACUCGGUCCAUGAUUGCCCGGGUGACGGGAUGGUGCACACUGGAGUGUGCACUUCCGCAUCGAUCGGCAGUUGAAACAAACUCCACGCGGACAGGAGUUUCUGUUUCUGUAACAACGGACGACGGGAAGUCUGCUCCUAUCACUCGGCCGGGCACGCUGGACGGGGUCCUCGGGGAGAAGCUGCAGCCGCCCGAGCGCUCUUAACAGAGCGCUCGGGCGGCUGCAGUAUUUAAAGGGCCGGCCCAGGAACGCGGCCGGCCCCCAGGUUCCGUGGCCCACCGGGAAAUUUCCCGGUAUCCCGGUGGGCCAGUCCGGCCCUGUCCGCAUCCCUUCCUCCCCCUUCUCCUCUUCCCCAUUCUUUCUUACUUCCUCACUUUCCUUUCAACAAAAUUAACUGGAGCUCUCCUCCCCACACAGAUAGUGUGACAAGAUCACCUCCCACUCUUAUGCAUUUUCAGCAAAUCAAUUUAAUUGAACACUCUGUUUUUGUAAGCAUUUAGAUUAUCAAAGCAGCAUUUAUGUCCAUUUUCUCUUCUACAUGUCUACUUGUUCUACAUCUUAUACACAGAGCCUUUUUAAAUAAAUGCUGAAGCAGAUGCAUUUCCAUUUCAUCUAUGGCAGGGUGGAUUAGAGUUGAUUAUUUUUUAAAUUACUAUUCAGUCACUCUGUGUAAAAUUAAGCUGUAGAGACUUAUUCUUGCUAGUUGUUAUGAUCUUUAAAAAUUGCAGGCAUUUUAAUGUCCCUCUGUGUGGCUCUUUUUACCCUCAGUCUGUUUUGUUUUUCCCUCCCCUCCAGAUCCCUUUGUGCGUCUUUCCUCCCAUGUCACAGCCACGUCAAACUCUUACAGGUACACUGUCACACAAACACAGAAAUAAUCAUACAGACACAUACAGUCAAAGACACACAGACAUACACACAUACCCACAUACAGAGGCAUACCGUCAUACAGACCCAUGCAUACAAAGACAUAAAGGCAUACAGUUACAUACAAGGUAGCGCCAGCUCUGAGCAUCAUGCGUGCACUUUAACCUCCCAAUGCAUUUUUAUUGAAAUUAUUGAUCAGAUUGAAAUUAGAUUGGCUGAGAUAAAUGCCGAUCACAGGCAGCACCGGCAAACCUGCAUAAAAGGUUGUUUGUUUUUGUUUGUGAUUUAUUUUUCUCUAUUUUAAGGGGUAGUCCUGUGAUCUAAAAAAGUGGUGUGUUUUUUUUUGUUUUUUUAUCCACACUGAUCUAUGAUAUAAAGAAUUCUGCAAAAAAAUAUUUGCUGUUGCAAGUUGGCAGUUUGAAAAGUAGGAAAGACUUUUGAUGACUUAAAUGUAACUCUAAACUUGUGAUUAUAAGAGAUUCCUGGCCACUUUAUUUUAAGUGUUUGAGUCCCUUGUAUAGGUAUAAUAACUCGUAAGUAAAAAUGGUACUGCUAUAUAUUUAGAUUUCAUUAAUGGCACAUUUCAAGCACCAUAAACACAACAGCACACUGAAGUGCUGGCACUCCUUCCCCCUAUUUUCCCCACUGUAAGUAGUUAAGCCAUUGUGGAACAGUUUGACUUCUUACUUAGGGUUCAGUGGUGGCUGCUGAUUCUGUUGAUGGAGAGCUAGAAGCUGCUUGAGGUAAGCAUUGUUUAGGGACUUCUGGUUCUCAGUUAUCACAAGUUUUGUGGAGUGUCUCCUGGUGGACCCAACCUAUGAACUGAAACUGUUCUCAAAUGGUUUGACUCCUUACAUGGGAGGAGGUGUUCUAGGGCAUUCCAGACACCGUAACCACUACAGCGAGCUGUAGCAGUUUGGCAAUUCAACAAAUUCCUUCAAUGAAGUUUGCUGUCAUGCAUGUGUUUUUUUUUUUUUGUUUUUUUAUAUGAAAAAAGCGAGCCUAAACAUGUUGACUGAAUAUUUCUCAUGUCAUAUCUUAUACUCAAUAGCCAGAGCAAUGGUUCAUAUCAACAGCCGAAGAAUAAAAGUAUUCUGGACCUGUCAAAGUCAUCACAUGGAGGGCCCUUUAGGGAAGAUAAAGUAGAAGAUGUAAAAGCCCUUGUAAAGAUAAUUCCAGUCUUCUUGGCAUUGAUUCCUUACUGGACUGUAUAUUUUCAGGUCUGUAUUAUUACAUUUACUCAGAUUUUUUUUUUGUUUUGUUUUGAUUGGUGUAUGCACGUGCCAAAAAUGGGCAUUCAAGGCUGGAGGUUAUCACCAUUAUUUUUUUCCAGACCAGGAAGGUUUAACCAGUUAAGAGCCUUUCAUUCUGUAUUGUGUCCAGAUGUCUAGGAGGAUACGUGGUUCAGCCUUAAGCAGCAGUCCCAUGGAUCAUAUCUGAUGUGUGAACAUUUUUUUUUUUCAGUUUGAAUUCAUUUUAUUCAUUUCUGCUUGUUUGUUUUUCUAUUGAUGGGAGCAUACUAAUUGCAUGAUUUUAAAAUAUUUUUUUAUUUUUUAUUCUAUGUAGAUGCAGACUACUUAUGUUCUUCAGAGUCUUCACCUGAAAAUACCACAGUUCUUUAAUAGUAAAGACCAUACUGUAAGUAUUGUGUCUAUUUUUCAAGACUUUCUUUUGAAAAGAUGAUGCAGGUAUAUGUUUUAUGUUUAUCUCAAACAAUUCACCAAUUCAUAAUUUUAAAUGUAGAAUACAUUUUUACGAAUACAAGGUUUUAUUUAUAUCUAACAAGUCAUCUUUUUUUUUUUUUCUUCCUUUACAUUUGUUUAUUUGCUAGACAAAUUUGUGGUUUUAUUGAUUUUAUUGAUUUUAUUUUUGCUACAGCCCUUCUAAUUCUUCCUCUUUCUAUGUUCUACAUCACUUUUUGACUUCUACAAAAAACCCUGUUUAAACACUAAUUAGUUAAAAAAAAAAAAAACCCAGCCAAUUUGAAUUUUGUGUUUAUUUUAAAAGGGAUUUUCUUUUGUGUCUGUAUCAGCCAUACUUAACAUGUGGAAUGUUCAUACUGCAUACAUUCUGUGUACAUUACAGUAAAAAAAAGGCAGAGAGACAUUUAGAAUUUAAUUUUGACUUUAAGCACUUUAGCCAUCUGGUUGCUCUGAGCAUUGAUUAUGCGUUAAGUAGUUUUCCUCUGCAAUUUUUUUUAAUGUAGACAGUAUUUAUAGUGUCUGUCCCAACACAGGACAUAAUGUGAAGUCGUAAGGAUGCGCAUUAGAAAUGUACGGCAGGCCUAGCACAAGAUCUCUUGUUAAUUGGGCUUUGCUCUCUCUAAAUUUGGCACAUUUGAUUGUGCUUUCAAUAUUUCAUAUUAGUUUACAUCGUGUGCCGGCCUCUUUUGGCACAGCCAGCAUAUGUGGAUACAUUUUGUUUAAUCCCCCAUUCUUACACAGAAAUUUGUAAACUGUUUGCUGGGAUGAAGAAUUUAUGAGCUGUUCGUUUCAGAGGAGUAAGUGUUCCUCUUUAAUAGAAUUGGAGUUAAGAAAUUUGCAUUAUGUGCCAAAAAAUGUGCAUAAUAUUUAAACUACGUUUUUAGACCUCUGAAUACUUGCUGAAAGCACUGUAUUUCUUCAGACCCCUUCAUUGUCUUCACCUUUUCUUUUCCUUUCCUUUCAUUUUUCCCACAUCAUGCUACUCUCUCUACCUCAUAAUGACAAAGUAAAAACUGGAUUUUUUUAUUUUAUUUAUUUUUUAAAUUAAAGGGAUCCUAUAGUGCAAGGAAAAAAAACCCGUUUUACUGACACUACAGGCUGCUGGAGUGCCCCCCUCAGCCACUUACCUGAAUCCAGCGCUGGUUUAGGCUCCGCUCAUGCUCCUCCCCCCCCACCUGGUUUAGGCUUCUAUGGGGAAAAUCAGAUGCUGGAGGUCCAUGAGGACGUCCAGUGUCAGUUAACUGACCAAAAGUCCUUUUUGGAUUCCAGAAGCCCUCUAGUGGCUGUCUGGCAGUGUGCAGUUCUCUGGAACUGCAUUGUUUUACAUUGCAGCACUAAGUGCAACAGGAUCACAGCACCCAGACUACUUUGAUUAGCUGAAGUGUUCUGGGUGCCUAGUGUCCCUUUAAAAAUUAAAUGAAUACAUCUGAAAUAUCACAUUGACACAAGUAUUUAGACCCUUCACUAAAACACUUUAAAUUUAGCAAAUCCAACCAAUUUGGAUCUGGAUUAUCUUUCUACACUUUGAUUGGAGUCCAUAUGUGGCAAAUUUAAUUAAUUGGACAUUAUUCGGAAAGGCUCACAUUUGUAAAAGCAUAACAGAGCAUAAACCAAGCCAGGAGCUCAAGGGAACCACCUUCAGACAGGAUUAUGUUUAUGCACAGAUCUGGGAAAGGCUACAAAAAAAAUAUCUACUGCUCUGAAGUUUCUGAAGAGCAUAGUUGCCUCCUUACAUUCAGUGGCGUCUAUAGGAUUCAUUUUUAGGCGGGGCACCUGGUGGGCCAGGGACUAAAGUAGGGGGGCACAUUUAACCCCGCUCCUGCCGCAUGUUAAGACCUGCCCCCGACACAAUUUUUUAAAUUUUUUUUUUUAUAAUCUCUGGUGAAUAAUUCAUUAUUUUCCACCAAGGAUUAUUAAAAAACAAACACAUUUCCCUUGAUACAGUCCAUACACACACACACACUGCUGAGUCCUUACACACAGAGACACACCGACUGCUGACCACGCCGACUGCCGAGUCCAUAGACACGCCGACUGCCGAGUCCAUAGACACGCCGACUGCCGAGUCCAUAGACACGCCGACUGCCGAAUCCAUAGACAGAGACACACACACACACACACACGCUUCCUCACACCUGAGCAUAUCAAGCCUACUUGUUGCUGGGGGUCAGACAGCCAUCUUCUUGCCUUAUCAGCAGCAGCGUGGUCUGCUGCUUAACGACGGAGGCGGGGCUUCGUUUGGGAUGGGGCCUGUGCCGGGGAGCCUGUCAGUGCUCCCUCCAGCCACAGACAGCCUCCAGCACCGUUCCAGCUGAACUCCUCUGCCCUGCAUUCCCUUCCCCGGCCUGUAACACGCUGUUACAGCCCGAGGGAAUAGAAUGUAAGAACAUGGGCAGCAAGUUGCUGGCAUUUGGGGGGGGGGGGCAAAGGGGGAGCACAACAUGAUGAAGGGGGGCCAGGAAAAGCUGAGUGCAGCAAAAUACAGAGAUAUCCUUAAUUAAAAUGUGGUCUGGAACGAGCUGGUCCAACCUGUUCUUGAGACCUGGAAAUGGCUGUCCACCAACAGUGCCCAUCCAAGCCUCACAGCAUUUGCACAGAUGUAUGCCACAAACUACCCAAAUCCAGGUGCGAAAGGUGUUCUGCAUCACACCCAAAAAGUCUGUAGGCGGUAAUUGCUGCCGAAGGUGCAUCAAAUAAGUACGGAGUUAAGGUUCUGUAUAAUUAUAUUAAACAAAAAAGUGAACUAUCACAUUGACAUUUGUAGGUGUGGCAAAAAUCUUGGUUUUUGUUUUGUCAUUAUGGGGUAUCGAGUGUAGAUAUGAAAAAUAAAGUUAUUCCCCAAAGAUUGGCUGAGCAAGGAAAUUCUUAAUACAGUAUACAAUUCUCACUUCCUUUCUUAACUGGAAUGUAUCAUUCAGAAAUGACUACUUCUUUGGGUAAUUAAUGAAAGAGGGUUUUUCUGUUCUGACCACAGUCAACAAAGCAUUUCAGCAUAAAUGCACUAUGUGAUCUUUUCAGUUAAAAAACAGCAAGAUGCAAGAGACAAAAUGGUUAAAAAAAAUUUAUAUAUUUUUAUGAAUGUAUUCUGAGAUUAUUUAUGACAGCAGUUUCCAUAAGCUUAUUGAGUUGUUGAGUUUUUCUUUUUUCUUCUUAUAUUAUUAUAUAUUUUUCUUGUGGGCGGGGCAAUUAUGCAGAAGUUGCCUCAUAGGUAAUCUGAUGGAAAUUUGUACUAGCUACUUCCUGCAUGAAUUAGUAAAUUCAUAGUAAAGCUUAUCAGGUGAAUGCAAAAGAAGGAAAAAAAAUACCCUAAUAAUUUAAACUGAUGUCAUGGCUUUAUUCUGUAUUUUAUUUCAUAACUGACUGACUUUACUUCUUAUGUCACUAUUUUUGUACAAAUUACAGUUCCCAGCAGCGUGGCUCACCAUGUUUGAUGCUGUGCUUAUAUUGAUCCUGAUUCCAUUAAAAGAUAAGUUAGUGGAUCCAGUGCUGAAAAAGAAAGGCCUUUUGCCAUCAUCCCUAAAGAGGAUUGCAGUUGGAAUGUUUUUUGUAAUGUGUUCUGUGCUAGCUGCAGGUAAACAUUCAGAGUUCAUUUGCUUUUAAUUUUUUUUUUUUUCUCCAUCUGAUUUAUCCAGCUCUAAUUUUUCAUACACAUCCUUGUAUGUUGAAAUUUGCAUCAAACCAUAGUUUGUCCAAAAGUUGUAAUUUUGCAGAGUUUCAUUAUUCUUAUUUAUUUUACAUUCCCCAAUAUCUUCAGUCAUGAAACUGUGUUGUGAAAUUGCAGUGUGUACAAUGAAUGAAAUGUUUUGUUAUCAUGCAUGUAUCAAUGCGUGUUAUAAAAGGUUAGAGGAGCGUGGCAAGCACCAUACCCACUACAGUAGACUAAUGGUUAUGGUGCCAGGAGUGCCUUUGUGCACCCAUAGUGUAAGUUGCAAAGGGUUUGACAACUUAACCAAAAUACACUGGGUGCCAGUCUUGGUCUCCAUGAAGAGCUGAAAGAGCUCUCCUGAGCUAAACACUACCAUACAGGACCAGCUCUUUGGAUGACAGCAUCAGCAGUUUGCUCUUGGCCAAUCAUUGAAGCAUUACACUGCCAGGCUCCAGGUGAGAACUCAAAACAUUGGCAAAUUAUUUAACUACUUCCAUUGGGGAAGGUGCCAGGUGCACUCCUGACAUCGUAACUACAACACACUCCAGUAGUUAUGGUGCUUGAAAUGUUGCUUUUAAACUUGUCUGAAAGCAUAAUUUUUUAACUUUUAAUGUGUUUUUUUUUGUUUUUGUUUUUUUUAGGUAUUCUGGAAAGUAAACGAUUGACAAUUGUGAAACAAAAAGAACCAAUUCCACAGAGGAUUGGGAAUGUGACCUAUUUUGCCGCAGAUUUGGCCAUUUGGUGGCAGCUACCCCAAUAUCUUCUUAUUGGAGUCAGUGAAAUAUUUGCAAGCAUAGCAGGUACAUUUUUAUCCACUGAUAAUUAAUGUGGAACACAUAGUUAUAGUGAAUCUGUUCUCAAACUUAUCUUACAUUAUCUUAUUUUACAAGAUACAUCUAUUCAUUGUGUAAUAUAUAGAUUUACUCACUUCUCCUCCAUUCCACAGCUGCUAUCUUCUUUUACAUCCCAACUCCGAGCCAUGCGCUGUCUUCAAUAAUUUGCCCUGCUUGGGGACGUUUCCACAAGCAAGGCAUUCCUCCUCGGUGAUACCGGCACACUAGCUAUGUCACUCCAUUCCUAUACUCCAUAGCCAACUGUAGAAGCACUUUAGGUUCAAUGCUUGUGAGAAAAGAAGGACCUCCCAUGGAUGGUCAUGUAGUUUUCCCAAAUAUUUGUCGUUGUCAGUGAUAGGGUACACAUGUGUAAUUUGACCAUUCAUGAAGAGAAAAAAAAAUAUGGUGCAAAGUUUGUCGCUUUCUGACUAAACUGGAUGUUAGAGAAUGACCUGAACCAGUGAUUUUAGAUUUCUGUAACAGGGACACUAGAUUUUCCUUGUGGUCAUAAUGGUAAUAUAGGCUAAAUUGAUGUAGUCCUGGUUUUUAUCAGUGUCCCCUGCACCCUAAAUGCAUUCGCUAUUCUUGAGGCUUCACAACAAUUAUAUUCACAUCCUCAUUCUUCUAAAAUACCGGUAUUUGUAAUGACAAACUGUAAGCAUUGUGAUGCAGGGGGAUUUGACUGUGCCAUAUCUCCUCAAUACAUUAAAAAUGAGGCCAAUUCACACUUUCAAUGCCUUUGACCUUGGCUCUUGAUGGGUUACCAACAACUUGUGUGGCCAUAUACUCCCCUACUCCAAUGCUUGCAGCUUCUCAUACUAAAUAUUUUUAGGCAUUUAGUUAGUAUCUGAACAUAUAUUAUGUUGUCUCCAGCACACUCAGAGGAUAUGUUUAAAGUUUGAUAACUAAUGAAUGAACUGCACCUGAAGACUCAGAGCAUUGUAAUAGUAAAAAAACGCUGUAGUAGUUCUUGUGUUUUGAAUUGUGUUCCUUGAAAGAAUGGUGUGGUUUUUUUGUUGUUGUUUUUUUUAAUUCUUCCAUAGCCCUUAAGGAGUUAAAGCCACUAAUGUAGCUCAGCCAUAUACCCAGAUAUUAUUUGCAACUAUAUAUUCUAUUUUUAUCAUUCUUGUAUCUUAAUAGGAUUGGAAUUUGCCUAUUCAUCUGCUCCUAAAACCAUGCAAAGUGCUAUUAUGGGCCUUUUCUUUUUCUUCUCUGGUGUUGGCUCUUUUGUGGGUUCUGGACUUCUUGCCUUGGUGUCCACACCAGCAAUUGGAUGGAUGAGCAGUCACUUAGAUCUAGGUGAGUCUUUAGCCUAUGCUCCACAAUACUGAACAUACAGUAAAUCUGUAUAUUUAAAAUAAUGUUAGAAUUGUAUGCCUGAGGUUGUAGUUAGAAAUAGCCACUCUAACUGUGCAGUAUACAUUCUGUCUACAUUUUCAAUAUUUAAUUCAUUCUGGAGCCGUAAGGAUUUUUUUUUUGCCAAGUGCAAGCCAUCUAGGCAAGGACUGCCGAAAAGGUAGAUACCCAAAUGUUUUAAAACUACACCUUCCAUGGUAUUUCUUAAAGUGCACCAGUAACGGAAAUACAGUAUAGUGACACUUUGUAUUCUUUGUCAUCUUUAUAUUGUUGACAUGUUACACAUUCCAAAUAACAAUGUCAUUAUAAUGUGCCAUUAUAGCCUACUUUAGUAUAGUUGCAAACAAAAUUUAUUUCUGGAUGUAAAGUAGAAUUUAUCAUAUUUUAACGUUUAUGUAUCUUCUGUUUUUCUUCCUAGGCAACAUUAAUGACUGCCAUUUGAACUUUUAUUUCUUCUUGCUAGCUGCUAUCCAAGCAGUAACACUCAUAGUCUUCCUUAUUAUUUCUGUGAAAUUUGAACGCCAACAGUCCAGAACAAAUGGAAAAAUAUAACUACUGGUGAAAACUGGCAUUUUUACUCUUAAACAGGAGUAUAAUAACUGAUAGCCUGAAUAAUAGAGUGCCUGUGAUUUGUAUUCUUAAGUGCAUCAAUCUAUUGUGCAUCAGUUUUAAUGGACGCAAUGUGCACGCUGAUCUUUUGAUUUUUGUUUUGAAGGUAACCAGCAUUGCACUACUUGAUACAGCAGGACAAUUUCAUGCUUCUGUACCUUCAGGCCAUAUGUGUCAGUCCUAUAAGUCUGAGAAAUGUUUUCAUUUGAAUUUGGGCUGCUGUUUGGCUAUUAUAUGUUACGUCACAAAAAUGUUUGUUAGACUGAGUUGAAAUGUGAUUACAGCAAAAUUACAACUAGAUAGUUUCUAUUUAAUAUUUGCUGAAUUAGACUCUUGUAUGUCCUUCCCUUAUAUUGACAUCAUAUGCCGGUGGGUCAGACCCCAUUAAAAUAAUAUAUUUCUGCCGUAGCCUUGACGUGGACUUCUUAGGCUUUGGCAUCUUUAUUCUUCAUGUUUCCUAUGAUCAAAAUUUUGUCCCAAAAAUUUAUUUUUAUUUUCUCCAGGUAAUCCAUUAUUUUCAGAAUAUAAAUAUUUUCUCAAAUACAUAACGUAGUACAACAGAUUAUUGCUGACUGAGUCAAGAGUCACACAUCUUCAUGAACAAUACUUUCCACAGUGUUUUUCCUUAAGAAAAUGUUACUUUUUUUGCAAGUAUUUGUCAGAAAACAUUUUUUGGAGUUAAGGCUUUGCCUUUUAUUCUGAAAAUAAUCUGAUGGUUUAUAGAAGUGUGUCAAAUUGAAUUUUGAAGUUUUUUUUUUUUUUCCUUUAUUUUUUUUUUCAUUUAUUAAACAAAUUGUGUAUUAUUUAGUACAGAUGUGUUAAGUGAUGCAUUAGCAUUCUGGAUCUGGAUAAACACUACUUGAAGGAGUGGCAAGUAUGUCUUCAAUGCGCAAUACUGAAAUGUUUGCCACAUAUUUCAUUGUGUGUGUAGUGAGUAAUAAUUAGCACACUUGUUAGCAGUACUAAACUAAUAUGUAAUGUUGGUUCAACAAAAGAUCAACGGUAAAUUGGUCCUCUUAUGAUUUAUACCUUCCUAGUAGCAAACCCACCACUUUACUUGAGAUGAUUUGAUUAGCAAAGCUCUUUGCUUUCUUAACACUGCUACAUGAUGUCUCUUAACAUUAGGUUGGAUAAACCAUUUCUGAUGAUUGGCCUUGCAUCUGCUGAAUAUUCCUAUUGAUGAGUGUUGUCCUUCAGUCAAUUCCAGAAUUUGUUACAAUAAUUAAACUGAUGGGUCACUUCUUAAAGUGUCACGGUUUGCCCAGUAUUGAAAUAGAUAACAUUUCCCACAAUACCAUGUUUGGUUGUCACUCUUGUGCUGAAUAUGAAAUAUGCAAAAACUGUUGAAUCGAUUGAAGGUAUGGUGGGGGUGAUCAUUGUUUUAUUUCCUUGUGUAAUAAUUUAUAUUCUACUCAUGUUAUAUAAGUAUUUUCCCUCUAUCAACUGCUUUGAUAAUUAUAUGGUGAUUGUUGGAAAAUUGUUACUAUAGAGAUGCCCUCUAUCCAAAUUGUAAUCCAUACUGGAUAUGUUCUCUUCCAUUUAUUUUGAAUGGACCUAAUUUUCCUGAAAUUACCACACUUUAUAACCAUGCACCCCGCAUCUAAAACCAAUUUGAAGAUGAAUUUACUAACAUCAUUUAGGCAGGUUGUGGAUUUUGCUGAUUGAUUUUUAUCUUGCCAGUGUUUUGAAGCAUUCCUGCUUGAUGAUUUGCACAUACAGUGUAAAUUCUGCAGAUUGCCUAUUUUAUUGCAGAUAUAUAAUAUAUUGUACUUUGAACAACUUUUUUCUUUUCGCCUUGUAUAACUAUUUCAAAAAAUAAAAUAUUUUUUAAUUUGUAA